AUGGUGCAUUUUCCCUCGGAAAUUCUUCAUCCUAUAUUCAAAGAAUUAUAUGAUUUUCGUCUUCAAUACCUUCUUAAAGAAGGGUGCAAAAAUCUCAGAUCUUGCUGUUUAGUUAACCGAUUAUGGUGUGAAAAUGCCAUUCCCAUUAUGUGGUCAAACGCUUUUGGAUUAUACACAGAAAAUAAGGUCAAAGCUAUUGAUAUUCUGGUUCGGUUCUUAGAUAACGAACAACGUCAAUACCUCACAAACUACGGGGUCAACCUUUCAAAUACCAAAUAUUUAUUUGAUUAUCCAUCAAUGCUGAGAUUUAUGGAGUUUGAUGUUUUUCUUCAAUCAAUUUUUGAUUGGUGCAACCAAAAGAAACUAGAAACAAGAUUUUAUAAUAUCAUGCUAAAGGAAUUGUUGAAAUUACUCGCAAACCAUGGGUCUAAAUUGGAAUAUUUUUCAAUGAGAAAUGUCUCAUUUGAACAAUUCAAAAAAUACGAAGAAAAUUUAAACCAGGUUAACAUCAGUUUGUUGGGUGAAGAGGAAAUCAAAAGUUUGAUUGUUGAUGUGAAAGAUGUGCGUUUGCCAGGAUAUAUUCUUGAACAGAAUUUCACCAAAGUCAUCUCAGAGAAUUGCAGAGAUUUGGAGAAAUUGAUUACCGACUUUACAAGAUUGGAUAGUCGCGAAAAUCCCGAGCUAUUAGAAAAUCUUUACGCAUUGAUUUCCGGUCAACGGAAACUCCAAAAAUACGUUUCCUUUAAUUAUAGGGCACCUUCCUAUUCUUAUCUCGCUUCUCUCUCCACGCAAUCGGAAUCUCUCAUAAAAGUCUUCAUUCAAGGGCACUAUUUUAAAUCCGAUGGUCCUAAUCUAGAAUUUCUGACCAAAUGUAAAAAACUAAAUUCUCUAACCAUACAAGACUGUGAGAACGUAACUUUAAACUUGGUGGAGCCUUUGAUGAUGAGUGAUUGGCCCAAUUUGGAAUAUGUUUAUAGUUCCAAUCCCUACAGUCAUCCCAUACAAGAAUUUAAUGAAUGGGUUAGAAGCUUUAAGAAUAAAGGUCGAAGAAAAACGGAGCAUAUGGAACUAAUAGCCUAG